AUGUGUGAGAGGAAAAUUACAUGGACCGAAAUUGAACAACAUUCAUCCAAACAUGAUAGAUGGAUCGUGAUGGAAAAUAAAGUUUAUGAUGUUUCCAAAUGGCAGAAUCGGCAUCCUGGUGGAAGAAAAAUCAUUGGACACUAUGCAGCUCAAGAUGCAACGGUAGAAGCUUUCAUUGCUUUCCAUAAAGACUUGGAAAUCGCGAAAAAAUAUUUGAAAGCCUACUUUAUUGGCGAUUUGGAAACAUCGGAAAUUGAUUCUAAAAGAACCGAACAUCUUAUGAGGAGGAAUAAAUACGUCAAGGAUUUUGAAGAAGUUCGAUCGAAAUUACUUGAACUAGUGAGAAAUCAGCGUCUAUCUUUUAGCAUUGUUUUUCCAAGCACACAAAUUUUCAAAUAUGCUUUUUGUGCCUCUGUGGUGAGCACAGGGGUACACUCGAGAGUCACCGUUUCGUCACCGAGGAGCAUCUCGAUAAUUAUUGUGUAG